AUGGCACUGCAGUUGGGGCUCUUUCUGAUUUGGGCUGGCGUGUCUGUGUUUCUACAACUGGACCCUGUGAAUGGAAAUCAGGACGAAGGUGUUUCUACUGAACUUACCCAAGACAGGCCUGCUGAAUUACCUGAAGAUAGUGUUCCUGAUGAAGAACGCGUUUUCCCAUUCACCUAUAGAAACAGAAAGCAUUUUGACUGCACAUUGCGUGGUUCCAUAUUCCCGUGGUGUUCCCUCGAUGCAAACUAUGUAGGAAGAUGGAAAUAUUGUGCUCAGAGAGACUAUGCUAAAUGUGUCUUCCCCUUUAUCUAUGGAGGCAAGAAAUAUGAGACUUGCACAAAAACUGGGAGUAUGUGGAUGUCUUGGUGCUCACUCUCUCCAAACUACGACAAGGAUAGAGCUUGGAAGUAUUGCUAGCCAUAAAAAGAGCUAUGUUCAGUCACUGUCCAGUGCAUCCACCCUUGGCCAUGGAUGCAAUCCAGCCUUUGAAACCUCAGUGAAGAAAAUCAAGAACUCUCAAGCAUGAAGGUGAUGUUCUGAAAGACAGAGGUGAAAUCCUUUCCCUACAUCUCCACCAUGUUCCCCCUAUGCAUGGGUCCAAUCAAUAAACCACUUUCUCAGCA